UCUUAUGGCGUCCUGUUGUGGGAGAUUCUGACGGGAGAGAUUCCCUACAAUGGAGUUGACUCUUCAGCCAUCAUUUGGGGUGUCGGCAGCAAGAACCUGCAACUCCCAAUACCAACCUCUUGUCCCACAGAAUUCCGGGUUUUGAUGAAGAUGUGCUGGUAA